AUGUGUGGCGUGCAAAGUAGUUCGCCUUUUCUCAUAGUUGCAAGAUACGUUCCUGGAGACAAGUGGCUACCAGCUAGUCCGCGGGCCUACUCUCCGUUCCGAGAAUUCGGAAACGAUUCUACGAAAUGGCCGGGCACUAAAUAUCAUUUAUGCCAUCGUCAAUUCCCGUCGUUGUUACGCUAUCCAGCCACCGUGGCUCGUCAUCCAUGGCGCCAUUACUCUGGUAAGGCGCCGGCCAUGUUGAAUCAAGGCGACCCGCAACUCGACUUCCGUCCUUUUGAAGUUGACCACAAUCUGGAAGUCGGAGCGAUUGUGAGGAGGGUUAACGAAACCAACGCAAAAGCUCCAUUCUUUCACAACGUGAAGGGAGCCCGACAAGGUCUAUGGAAGAUUUUCGGGAAUGCUGCCAGUCUGAGAAGGGAUAAGCAGUUCAAGUAUGGUCGGAUUGCUAGGAGCCUUGGCUUGCCCCCUGACUGCAGCUGGAAGGCUAUACUGGAAAGGACACAGUCGGCCAAUGCUUGCAAACAAAAUAAGAUCUUCGGGGACGACAUCGACUUGAUGAAGCUUCCGGUGCCUUUACUACACCAGGGAGACGCGGGUAAAUAUUUUCAGACUUACGGCGUUCAUAUCUUGCAGACGCCAGGCGGAUCGUGGACGAAUUGGUCAAUAUUUCGAGGCAUGGUCCACGACAAGAGGCGCUUGGUUUGUUUGGUGAUUCCAGGGCAACACAAUAAGAUGGUGCGGGAACAAUGGCUCAAACAAGGCAAAGACGAGAUGCCUUGGGCCCUAGCCUUUGGCGCUCCACCAGUAGCUAGCAUAGCUGCAGCGUUUCCCUUGCCAGCUGGAGUCUCUGAAGGGGAAUAUGUGGGCAUGCUAGCGGGUAAGUCCCUCGAUAUGGUAAAAUGUGAGCUGAGUGACCUACUUGUGCCUGCUAAUACCGAGAUUGUGCUUGAAGGGACAUUGUCUUUCAAAGAUAAAGCACCGGAGGGCCCCUUCGAGGACUAUAUCGGUCUUCAUGUUGAGGGUGAAUCAAGCAUGCAGCCUCUGUUUACCGUCAAUGCCAUCACAUAUCGGGAUGAUGCUAUUCUUCCAGCCUCUGUGCCCGGGCGAAUUACGGACGAGUCUCACACCACUGCCUCGAUGGCGUCCGAGGAACUAUUGGAGCUCUUGAAGCAACAUGGUCUCCCUAUUAAGGACGCAUAUGCACCUUUCGAAACCAUGGCAACUUGGUGUGCGCUAAAGGUAGACAAUGAGAGCCUAGCCCGCAUGAAGACAAAUUCUGAUGAGCUUUGCACGCGCAUCGGUGACCUAGCUUUUAACUCGAAAGCAGCAAUAAUCAAGAAAUAUACACGAUUCACCUUAAUAUCUGACACAAUGCUAAUGAACCGCAUCUUAAUGAUUGAAGAUGAUGUGGACAUUCACAACUGGGGCAAUAUUAUGUGGGCGUAUACUACGCGUUGUCGGCCGGGCCAGGAUGAGUACGUUUUCGAAAACGUCAACGGUCUUCCCCUCACCCCAUAUAUGAAGUACGGUCACGGCAAUCCUAGCAAGGGAGGCAAAAUGAUCUCCAACUGUCUUUUCCCAAUGGAAUACGAAGGAAAAUGA